ACAAUUCUCCAAGUGGUAGCCCCUUUCCGCCUCUGGAAGGCAAUGGGGGCCUGGCCAAAACGGGCGAGGAAAAGGCAAGGCUUUGUCGCCUCUUCCUCCCUCUUUCGCCUGCCUUCCUUCUUGUAAGCUGCGGGAGGAGGAGGAGGAGAAGGAGAAAAGGGGGUCCUCCUUUUCUUCCCCCAAGACCCUGGGCUUCUUCACAAUCAAGAAGCCCCAUGAAGACUGCUAACACUGAGAGCAACAACAACUAAUGAAAACAAUAACAUUUUACCCUGGCUGGGGUGAAGGAUGAGACAAGGAAAGGAAAUAGAAUAGAGAAAGGGGGGAAACAGGAUAUAAAAAGCAGACUUUCACAGCGUGAACAAAACAUGAUGGCAAUGAGCAUCUGAGAACGUUUGGGCCACUGUGCUGAAAACCACAGGGAUUCGGAAUAACCAAUGGAAUGUUUGUUGUGUCCAGCAGCAAUUCUCUAUAUACUGCUGUGUUUUGGCCUGCCUCAAAGUCAAGGUAAUAAUGUAUUUCAACACAUAACACUUAAAGUUUCCAUAAAUCGCGCUCUUCAGCAACUGUUACUCGAGUGGGAUGUUAGCGAUGAUGUGAAAUCAUAUCACUCUGAAGGAGACAUGGUUUUUAACAUCCAAAUUUAUCGAAGUGAAGAGAAUAAUAUUGUUGUCAAUGAGAAUUAUACAACAAAACUCAAUAAAUCAAAUCGACCUCUGAACUGGACCUGGACUUCUCAUGUGCCAUUGGAGUGUAUGCCUCAUGGAGUAAGAAUCCGAAGUAUGGUAGAGUUUUCUAAUUGGACUGCAUGGGAGAUAAAAGAUGGCAUGGACUUCCUGGAUAAUGGAAGGAGUUACAUCUUCCCGGCAUUCAAAGUUGUUGAAAAGGGUUCCAGUGUUACGUUUUGCUGCAUUGCAAAAAAGAAUGAGCUUUUAUAUGGAUAUCAAUUUGAUCGGAAAUUAUGUAAAGUUACAAAACAAAGAAGAAUAACAUUUACAGAAACAGAUGUUCCAGUUUCAGUGUUUGGUGGCAUCACUGUGCAAUGUGCUUUUGUUAACCAAAGUGACAAUAAAGGGACUAGUCUCUAUGUGACCAGCAAGCCUGAUGAACCCAAAAACCUUCAUUGUGAAACGGAAGACAUGACUGAGUUAAAGUGUACAUGGGAUCCAGGUCAAAUAACAAAUUAUACUAACCUUGAUCCGGCAAAAUGUGCAGCAAAUUUCACUUUGUCUGAUGUGUCUAAUGGACAAACAUACUACAGUUGCACAGAUAAAUGCAUAUCAAGUAAAUUCAAGAUGACUGGUGAGCAAAUGAGAUAUCAUUUACGGCUGACAACACAAAAUUGCCUUGGACAGGAACAGACAGAUGUUGCAGUUGAUGUAUUGCACAGGAUUCACCUUGCACCUCCUGUUAAUCUCUCUGCCUGUUAUCAAAAUGCAACUGCCAUCCAGUUAUGCUGGCAUAUAAAAUUUAUAAGGAAACCAUUUAUAAAGGAAGUACCUGGACUGCUAUGCCAAGUUACUCAUAUGAAUAGCUUUUAUCCUGGUGCAGAAGAAAAAGUGAAUGUUACAUUUUGGUCCCUUACAGAGUCACAUCCCCACAUUAACCUGGAAGAGUUGCAGCCUUAUACCAAGUACACUUUCAAAGUACGCUGUGCUGCUGGUGAUGAUUUCUUUUGGAAAUGGAGUACAUGGAGUGAAACAACCAUCCAAACAAAUGAAUCAGCUCCGUCGGGGCAGCUGGAUAUUUGGAGAGAGAUUAGCCCAGGUUUAGGGGAACGUAACAUUACUGUAUUCUGGAAGGCUUUACCGGGCUUUCAAGCUAAUGGAAUAAUCAAAAUAUAUGAGAUUUGCUGGGAAAAUUUAGAGGAAUCUAAUGCGUCCAGUCACUGUAAUUCAACUGCAUUAAAUAAUUACACAAUUACCCUUGGUAGCCAGUCUUACAAAAUUAGUGUCUCAGCAAGAAACUCUGCAAAUGCAUCAAUUCCUUCUGUGAUUAUCAUCGCAGCAACUGGAAACAAUGAUACUUGGAAUGGUUAUGAAGAAAACACAACCAACAAUACAGCAGAUAGUAUUUAUAUUUCCUGGAAGACUCAGAAUACAUUUGAUGGCUAUGUUAUUGACUGGUGCAACUAUCCCUUAUCCCAGCCUUGUGGUUUUCAGUGGAGAAGGUUUGGGCAGAAUGUCUCUAGCACUCUCAUUACAUCUGAUGACUUCAGUCCUGGAGUGAGAUAUACAUUUGGGGUAUAUGGGCUGCAAGGUGGUAGAACUUACUCUCUGGAAAAGAAGGUUAAAUAUCUUAAAGAACAGGUGCUAGUUCAUCAACCUGCCUUUAACAUAUCUGCAAUCACUUCACGUUGGCUUACAAUAAAUUGGGAAUCUUAUCCUCAAAAUUCCCACCCUGGUUUUAUCAGAGGUUACAAUGUGUAUGUGAAAGUGGAACAUGGAAAGUGCACAUUGAAGGAAUUUGAACAACUUCCAGGUAAUCCGGCGAUAUGCAGGCACACAAUUGAAGAUCGGAAUCAAAAGAAAUACACUGUGAAAUACCUGGAACCCAGCACAACUUACCUGCUUGCAGUUCAAGCUUACAGUGUGAAUCCUGGCAACAUCACCCAUGACAAAUUUAAACCAGUAACUACACAGUCUGAGAGAAAUGGGAUCUUGCCUCUCCUCCUGUCACUAGUAAUUGUACCCUUACUACUAAUAGUUGGUGUGUGUUCUUGGAAAAGUGACUGUGUGCGGAAUUGUUUGAUCCCUGAAAUCCCACAUCCUUAUGUGCACCCAUUUAUACCUCCAUCUGGUGUGAAAAGCCCGGUAUUGGCAGAAAAGAGUGAGAUUACUCAUGAUCAAUUAGUUGUGAUGAAGAAGCCUGGAGUUGACAAGCAACCUGAUUUGGGAAGGACACAGGGACUCAAGAUCUACGUGAAUCCAAACUACUGUCAGGAUCUACAAGGGAAAGAUGUAGCAAGCAAGAAACCUAACUCAUUUUGGACAACCUACCAGCCACUCCAAGACUUUUUUACAAGCAAACCUACCAGCUCUCCGUUAGAAACAGUACAAGACAAUUUAAAUUAUAUUUCUCAAAACAAAGUGCCUUUCUGUGGGGUUAAACAAAACAACUCAGCUCGUUCUGUUGAAUCUCUGCAACCGUCAAAUUAUAAACCCCAGUUGACUGCAGAAUCUCCACCAAAUUCCCCUCUAUCUGAUGAAAAUGUACAUUUAAUUGCUGCAUGCUCAGAAAUAUAGUAGAUAAACCAGUUUUAGAUAAAUAGCAGACGUUCUGGACAUAAAUCAAUCCAUAGUCGAUCAAAUACUUGUAUAAGUGGGAAAAGCAAGAAAAGGAAUCAUGAUGUAUGGCUUAACAAAUCUUUUUGGUUUUUUUAGUGAACAGUUAUUUAAUUAUUUGAAAAGAAACAACACUGUAUCAUGGUAGAAUCUACCAAUGUACUAGGCUAGAAAAGAGCCACACAUUUAUUUAUUUCAAAAAUGAGUUACCUUCCCACUCAGAAGAUGCUUGUUCAGCAGGGGGUUCAAGAUUAAAACAAUUUCCAAAAGGAUAGCCAUUGCAGCCAAAAGAAUAAUGAUUCUUAUGACACCUGAAAUGCUAACAAAUAUAUUACGGUCAAAGGUUUUGUGUACCACAGUGCAUGCCAUUAGAUAUAGAAAGAUUCACAGCAAUUCAAAAUUGCUACAAUACAAUAAAAGGGGCGAGGGGACAGUGCAGUGAGUGGGAAAAGUAUCCAGAAAGACACAACCCUUUCAUAUCAUUGUGUUACUUGAUAUGUGCUGAUGGGUAGAAAGUAUAGACACUUAAGUAAAUUUCACGCAGCAUAAUCAUCUUCUCUGUGCUAUUGCAUGAAUGACUGCAUACCUGAAUGAAUGUUUUCUACAACUUGGUAAUUAAGCCCUCUGUAGAUGAAUCAUGUGAGUUCUGUAUUGUGAAUCCCAUUUUCUGGGAAGUACCAGCUUCUAGUAAAAAAAACACAAGGGGCUUGUUCCCACUAUGAUUUAAAGUGAAUUGCUGAUCGGUUUAUAUAACCAUCAUUCCCAUUUGAAACAGGUUCCAAUCCCAUUUUGAUCAAUUUCUGUCGUGUGAAAGUGGGGCAAACACACAAAAACUAGUUUUUCCAGACACUAGUUUUCUAGUGAUUCUUUUGGAAAGAAUAGAUUCCGGAGCAUGUUCAAUGGAUCUGAAUCACAUCAUUCUGGAGGGAAGGGACUAAUGGCAGAGGGGUGUUUUGUCAAGGGUUAAUAGCUGACAAGAAAUGUUUAGAUGUGUGGUGGCCAUGAGCAAUUAGCAACCAGAGGAGAAGCAGAUGAGUUUUAGAUGUGCAGCGUGGCAACACAGAGUGUACAAGGUCAUUCUACUGCCAGCAUGCAGGAAGCCUGUAAAGUAAACAUGUGUCUGCCUGGACAAGGGGACAGUUUUCUGGGUGGCACAGGAAGCAUGUAACAGCCAUUAAUGGAAGAGGCUGGGUUUUAGGACCGCAUGGCAUUUGGUCUAUAUAAACUCAGAAGCUUCCGGGAGUGGGUGUGGGUUGAGAGAGGACUGUUGGUUGUUAGUUUGUAUCGAAUAGUAAAAGUCGCGUUGGAUAAUUGGUUUGCACUUGUAAAUAAAGAUAAGCAUUUUCGGGA